AUGACGAUGAGCCCGCCUGGUGAUGACAGCGGUGAUGGAGAUGACGAUGAGCCUGGUGAUGAGAACAGUGAUGGAGAUGGCGAUGAGCCUGGUGUUGACAACAGUGAUGAAGAUGACGAUGAGAGUGGUGAGUCUAGAGAUGAUGAUGGUGAUGGAAAUGACGAUGAACCUGAUGAUGAUAGUAGUGAUGGAGAUGACAGUGAGACUGAAGAUGAGGUAGAUAAUGACGAGGAUUCGGGAGAUGACAACAGUGACGGAAAUAACGAUGAAAGGGGCGAAGAGUCCCACGAAGAGAAUGACGAUGAAAAUGACAAUGGCGAUAGUGAUGAAAGUGGCGAGGAGUCGGAAGAAGAUAGUGAAGAUGAAAAUGAAGAGAGCGGCGAGGACGGCAACGAAAGUGACGGAGAUAAUACUGCAGACAUGGACAGUGACGACACAUAUGUGGAAGACUUUGAUGACAAAGACUCUGAGAAAGUAGUUGAGGAAUUUGAAAAUGCAAUCGACAUUGUAGAAAAAGACAGACUACAAGGUCUCGAGAUGGACCAGUUGCUUUCGUCUGGCGGACUUACAUUAGGCGGAACAUUUGGUUCUCUAUGUCUCAGUGCAAUUGUAUGCUUACUUUCAAGCAUAUUUUACUAG